GCGGAGGAGGCGGAGGCGGAGACGUCGGCGUCGUCGAGGAACCACAGCGUCGCCCUCCGCGCAGGGGAGCCGCGCGGGCCUGCCGCCAUGGCGGGUCGCGCAGGGCCCCUGCGGGCCACGGCGCCUCCGGAAGCCGAGUCCCUCGUGUCGCCCCCCGCGGCGCCCGAGCUCGAGGCCCGGCCCCCGCAGCACGCCGGGAUUUGGGCGUCGCCCACGCGCCGCAGGGCGCUGCUCGGCGGCGCCUUGCUCGGCGGCUGCGCGGUCCUCGCGGCCGCGGUGGCGGCGCCCCAGCGGCGCACUGGAGUGUCCAACGGCGAGCGGAUAGAGCACCUUGCCUCCCUGAGCGAGAGCAAUAAGCAGGACAGGCACCUGAAGGUCAAGGGUGCGGAGGCUUGGGGCACGUGCAUUGUGACCAUUGCCGUCGGGCAGGCCCAAAUUGAGGCCAGCAAGAUUGCCAGCAGGACCAGACAAGCCUACGCGACGAAGAAGGGCUACCGCAAUAUGUUUUACCAUUUCGCCAACAUGCCCAUGAUGCACGCGUGGUGCAGUAGCACGAAGAUGUGGGAGAGGUUCCAGUGGGAGGACAGGACGUCGGGAAUUACCGCAAUAUCACGCAGGACCAUGUGUAUUCCUAUUCUUUGGUUAGGUACUGUGCUAUAUCCAGCGCGAUACUGGACCUCGAGUGCGAGAAGGAUCCCGGUGUUGUACAUGGAUCCAGGCUCCGUGAUCGUCAAUGACGACGUGGAUGCGAGCUUAGAGUGGCCAGGGACGGAGGACAAGGGCGGCGAUCGGCACGUGAUGUGGGCGUAUGCGCAGUGGCCCGUGGGCCUGGACUCGGACAACAGGAGCGCCCUGCAGGUCGUGGACCACGAAGCGGGCGACUGGUGCCUCGCGGAGUGGAACGGCUGGUGCGGAUCGUACGACAAGUUUGCCUCCUGCGUGAGCCCAGGAGCCCUCCUCGUUGACAACUCGCCGUUCUCCAGGGCCUUCCUGGACCGGGCGGUGCAGACGCUCCUCGACGUGCCACGGGAGAAUUGCUCCACGGGGGAGCUGAACGAGUGGAGCCUGGACCUCUGCAGCUCGGACAUCGACUCGUGCAUGGCGGCCUGCUCCGUGAAGUACGCGGCAAAGAACGCGCACAGGGAAGAGUGGGAGGAUAUCACGAUUCCCGAGGACGAGUUCGUGUGCGCGGGCACGGGGGACGGCCCGCGGUUCCAGGAGGUGAUGGUUGACAACGCCACCGAACCUGACAAGAAUACCUUCAUCGUCAGCUGCCCGGGCAGCAUGCUUGUUACGGGGGUAGAUGAAGACCAGGUGAAUUGCAUCCACGCUGUGAUGAAGAUGUACCUGAAUCUGCCUGAACCUGAAAGAUCCUAG